AAAGAAAUAGAAAACAUGGCGACUGCUUCACAACUAUUUUCAGCAUUUUUGCUGCUGUUAUGUUUCACAGUAUCUGAAUCGGGGUACAAGAAAAAAGAGGACAGUCUUGGUGAUAAAGUUUCUCAGCUGACAGAAUGGAACAACAAGAAAUCAGUGAUCAGAUUGACUGGGGAUAAAUUCAGAGAGUUGGUGAAAACGCCCCCUAAAAAUUACUCUGUUAUUGUCAUGUUGACAGCUCUUCAGGCCAAACGACAAUGUUCUGUCUGCAAACAAGCCAAUGAAGAAUAUAUAAUUGUAGCCAAUUCAUGGAGAUAUUCCCAGCAAUUCUCUAAUAAACUAUUUUUUACAAUGGUUGAUUAUGACGAAGGACCUGAAGUCUUUCAAUCUUUAAAAAUCAACACAGCUCCUGUUUUCAUGCAUUUUCCAGCCAAAGGUAAAGCUAAGAAAGGAGAUACCAUGGACAUCCACAGAGUUGGUUUCUCAGCUGAAAAUGUUGCUAAAUGGGUACAAGAGAGAACUGAUAUUCAGAUCCGAGUGUUCCGACCUCCAAACUAUUCAGGAACUUUGGCUCUAGCUCUCCUCUUCUCUCUAAUUGGUGGACUACUCUAUUUAAAACGAAAUAAUCUAGAGUUUUUAUACAAUAAAACAUGCUGGGGUAUUGGAGCUUUGGCGGUGAUAUUUGCGAUGACGUCUGGUCAGAUGUGGAAUCAUAUUCGAGGUCCUCCUCUGAUGCACAGAAAUCCCCAGUCUGGACAGAUGCACUAUAUACAUGGUUCUAGUCAAGGUCAGUUCAUCAUGGAGACGUAUAUUGUAAUGUUACUUAACACUGCCGUAGUAGUUGGUUUUAUUAUCAUGAACGAGGCUCACAAUAUGAAGGGAGACAGCAGGAAAAAACGAAUACUAGCCCUAGUUGGUUUAGGUUGUGUAGCUAUAUUUUUUAGUUUGUUACUGUCAGUGUUUAGAUCUAAGUAUCAAGGCUAUCCUUACAGUUUCCUAUUCAAAUAAAUUUAUAGAAUGUUUCAAUAUAAAAUGGUUUUCAACUUUUCGAGAGAUGUGUGUCUAGAUUUUCACAGUUUUUGUGGAACUUUCAAGUUUUUGUCAAGCUUUCAUGUACUUGUGCUACUGUCAUAGUUACUUGUCAAAAUUUAAUCUUUUUUUUUUCUCAAAUCAUGUCUUUAAAAUAACUUCAUUUGUCAAAUAGUUUUUAGAUGUUUUUUUUUUAACUGUCCUUUUUCCAAACAUAAGAAAACAUUGUUGACUUGUAAUCGUACCUUCAUUGAAAAUCAAAAUAAUGGUAACACAUGUUUUAGAUAUAAAACUUUCAUCAGGACAGCUGAUUUAGUAUGAAUAUUCGUACAGUAAGAGGAUUACACUGCGUAGGAUUUUCUAUUCAAAGAUCUAUUUUAAUGGAAUCAAAUUUUGUAUUUUGCCACAUCUACCAUUCCAUUUCCAGUUCAUUUGGGGGGAUAAUUUCAACGAAAAAUUGAGCAUUUAGCCUGUGUUGCUCCCAUUUGAAGCAGUCUCCAUUGUCAUUUGGAUUGAAUAUGUGACAUGAAUAUUUGACAGAAAUAAAUAAACUAAGUACUAACGAUCCGAAAUGCAAAACGAAACCCGGAACAUACUGGCAAAACAGCAGCUUAUGAACUGUUCACGUAAGGAAGUACCGUAUAUCAAUUAUAAGUGAGUACGUAUUUCAUAAUGGAAGUGGUGUCUACAAGAGUAAGCAUACAAUGCCUGAAGCCACACUGUCUAAGUAUUAUAAGUGACCAGAAUCAUCAACAAUUUCAUACCAGACAUUCAAGAUUCAAAUUUGAUAUUUGUCAGCAGAAAGAAUGUUGAUGCCUUGAAAUAUAUUUGGGUCACAUUCUUGUAUAUAAUUAUAUAUAUAUUUGGGAUUAUUUUUAUUUCAAUGCAAUAUGCUAAUUUUGUUUGUUCUGAAUUUCAUGUUUGUAAAUUAAAUUGUUAAUCUUAAUUC